GUAAUUCCAUGCAGUACACAGGACCCAGUAAAAAGUUCAAGAGUGGUCCCGUUGAUAUGCCAAUGGUAAUGUAUUUCUGUGACGAAAUGGCAAAAGGGGGCGAUGAAGACUUUUUUAGUGCGUUGAAAAAGCUUGGCAUCUUGGCGGAAGUGUUGGCGAAUCGUAGUGAAUAUUACAAAGACUUCGCAAUAACUGCAAAGGAACAUGGCCAUAAUGAAUUAGCUGAGAUGCUCGCCGUGUCUCCAAGGUACAUAGAACUCAAACUGUUCCAUAUUUGGUUUCUUAUUCAAUCACUGUAACAUAUUUGGUUUCUUAUUCAAUCACUGUAACACUGUUUCAGGGAGCUACCGUGUGAUGGUGACAUGGAAACAUUAACAAUCGGAAAACUUCUUGAUGCUGUUCAACAAGAAAGAUCGUUGGCAACUUCUGGUCAGUGUUUUAGAUUAAACUUGCGCGUACGUACUUAACUUCUCAACGACAUUCAUUCUCGUAUCCAGAGCCCUUCUUACGCGCGGUCAACCGAGUGCAACGAGGGGCUCUGGCCAAAUCCAUAACCGGAUACCAUAAAAACAUGGUAUCCGGUUAAACACUGCGCAUGCUCAACGUCAAACGCGGAUAAACACUUCGGUUUUCUUGUUUGUUUCGUUUUGAAAGUUUUUCUCCAGGAAAACCCCACAAAAGCAAGUGUUUUUGUUGUCGCAGUUACAGUUUUCAGUUUCCGUGUUCUGUGAUUGACUGUUCCUAAUUAUAUGUGCGUUGUGUUUGGUGAUUAUAGACUUAACGUUGUUCAUGCAACUGUAGCUUACUUUUAAGGUGUUUCUGUUAAAAAUCUUGUGUAGUUUGUGCUGUAGUGGGAAGUGUUUGUCAAUUAAACUUAAGAAUUCCCGUCCUAUGUUCGUGUUAACACUCUUACUAAAUGGUGGGUUGAACCAAAUUAUGUUGCGUUGCCUAUUCCUACGUGUCCGUUGCGGUGCAUCCUGAGUGUACGUAAAUUCAUGAUCAAAGUUACUAUGCCUAAGGGCGUUCUGGUAAAUAGGUGUAGAUUCCUUAAAUGUUUGUUCGUCCGAUGAGAGAAGUGCAAUGCGUUUGUUGAUAGCUGUAGGUAAUUGUCUUGUAAUGCUUGGUGGAUGAUUUGAGUGUCUGUUGAUGUACAAUGGUUGUGUUUUGCGUUGAUCAGGUCGAAAGUAACAUCUAAAAAAUUUACAACGUUCAUAUUUACUUCGGCGGUGAUUUUCAGGUCAAAUUGCUCGAAAAUUUUGUGUAGCUCUUUUCUAGUUUUGUCUAGUAAACGGGCGGAUUUGCUUUUUAUAAUAGCCAAACCGUCAUCUCUAUAAAGGCCGAUGUUUUCCUUGCCAAACCUCUUACCUAGGUGAUUUAAAAUGAAAAGGCCUACCAGCUCACAAAUUUCAGCGCCGUCGAAACUACCCAUAUUGACGUCAAAUGAACUGUUGCUUCCGUCUUUUUGCCGUUGCCGAAAAGUAGAGAUUUUCUUGCAUGUUUUAUUAUUGAAAUAUCGUUUUCGGUAAUAGUAGUCAAAUCCGAAGCCCAGGCCAAUGCUUCAUUUAAAAGUUUUUCGGAAAUGGAUGGGUAAAAAUCCACAAUAUCAAAUGAAAUAAAACUGUGCCUGUCUUUAUCGUUUAUAUUGCCAAACCAUGAAAUUACUUGUUGCGUAAAUAUUUCUCCAUUGAUUUGAAUUUAGUUUUUGUCUCAAAUUGGAAUUGAUUUUAUCUAAAAUAACCUUACUUAGUUUUCCGGAUUGUUUUCGAAAUUUUCUUUGUGAUCUUUUAAAGAUAUAAAUGCUUCGCGUUUUUUCAUUCGUUCAAUUCUGUCGCCAAUUCCUAACCUACUCGAAAUUUCUUUCAAUUCGGAGUCAAUUUCAUGUAUGAAGUCCUCUGAUCCAUGUUUGUACGUUUUCGUGAUGUUGUCAUGUAAGAGUUCGUCAUAAAAAAGACUCAAACAAAACGGAACUUUCGAAACAUAUUUGGAAAUUAAAAGAAAACAAUCAGGAUUAUACCAUCAAAUGGUCAAUUUUAAAACACGCUAUUUCAUACACAGGGGGAUCAAAACGCUGCAAUUUAUGUUUGGAAGAAAAAUUUUGCAUUUUGAAAGACAUAAACAAUGACAAUUUACUCAAUAAAAGAAGCGAAAUUUUCGCAAAUGUCGUCACAAAAACCGGUUUCGAGUAAACAAGGUCGUUAACAAAACCUAAUGACCCAAGCAUGCAUUGUUUCACCUAAGCAUUGUUUCGCCUACACGCAUUCUGCACAUUCUUUCGAUAGCAUAAAAGCAACCUACAAUUUCGAAAUUAUUCACCACCUGAUGAUUCCUAUACGGAUGAAACAGACUGUUGUGGUUUUUUGAGGUAAAACGAAAAACUAUAUUACGCUCUAUCUAUAUGGUAUUGAGCACCGUUUGUGUUUCGUAAACCAAAAUCUUAAGCUAUAUUUGCACCCGGUAAUCGAUUGUGCACUCUUGUCUACGUUAUUCAUUCUAUUUCUACUUCAAACAUGCGACAAUUUCGAUUCGAUUAUUCACUAAAGAAUAUUCCUAUACCAUCACAGGAUGCUUACUUAAAGAAUUUGAUUGAAAAAGUGGAAAGCGUAACAAAACGUAUGAGAUGGAAAGCUAAUUUCUUCCUAAAAGGAUCAACGAAUCAAAACCAAAGCAACCCUUUCGGCCUUUCGUCUAACAAAUCGCCUCCUUCAAUUCCACUUUUGAAACCUUUCGAAGACGACUUGAUAAAACUAAUUGAAAACGUAAAAUUCCGGCGUCCUAAAGACCAAUUUCAGACAUCUUUGGCUAACGAUUUGAAGAAAAUUAAUUCAUCCCCCAACAUUUUCAUUUUCGCGGACAAAACUAGAAACAUUUACGAAACGUCACUGAACACAUACAACGAACUCUUACAUGACAACAUCACGAAAACGUACAAACAUGGAUCAGAGGACUUCAUACAUGAAAUUGACUCCGAAUUGAAAGAAAUUUCGAGUAGGUUAGGAAUUGGAGACAGAAUUGAACGAAUGAAAAAACGCGAAGCAUUUAUAUCUUUAAAAGAUCACAAAGAAAAUUUCGAAAACAAUCCAAAAUGCCGACUAAUAAAUCCCGCAAAAAGCGAAUCCGGAAAACUAAGUAAGGUUAUUUUAGAUAAAAUUCUUUCGAUAGCAUAAAAGCAACCUACAAUUUCGAAAUUAUUCACCACGGCUGAUGAUUCCAAUACGGAUGAAACAGACUGUUGUGGUUUUUUGAGGUAAAACAAAAAACUAUCUAUCUAUCUAUAUAUAUAUAUAUAUAUAUAUAUAUAUAUAUAUAUAUAUAUAUAUAUAUAUAUAUAUAUAUAUAUAUAUAUAUAUAUAUAUAUAUAUAUAUAUAUAUAUAUAUAUUUACAAAGCCACAGUCACAACGAACAACACGAACGACACUAAACACUACAUUGGUAUGACAGCGACUACAUUUAAGGAACGUUACGCUAAUUACACUUCGUCUUUUCGUCAUAAAAAAAGACUCAAACAAAACGGUACUUUCGAAACAUAUUUGGAAAUUAAAAGAAAACAAUCAGGAUUAUACCACCAAAUGGUCAAUUUUAAAACACGCUAUUUCGUACACAUGCAGGGGGAUCAAAGCGCUGCAAUUUAUGUUUGGAAGAAAAAUUUUGCAUUUUGAAAGACAUAAACAAAGACAAUUUACUCAAUAAAAGAAGUCGUCAUAAAAACCGGUUUCGAGUAAACAAGGUCGUUAACAAAACCUAAUGACCCAAGCAUGCAUUGUUUCGCCUAAGCAUUGUUUCGCCUACACGCAUUCCGAACAUUCUUUCAAUAGCAUAAAAGCAACUUACAAUUUCGAAAUUACUCACCACCUAUAUAUAUAUAUAUAUAUAUAUAUAUAUAUAUAUAUAUAUAUAUAUAUAUAUAUAUAUAUAUAUAUAUAUAUAUAUAUAUAUAUAUAUAUAUAUAUAUAUAUAUAUAUAUUUAUAAUAUAGCAUUUGUAAAUUCUGAACGCUGAUUGGCUAAGAGCCGUGUUGAUAUAACUCCAUGUCAACACGGGAAAUUUUCCGCCGCUUGUAAACACGGAAAUUUUUCUUAUUCUUCGGGCUUUUGACAUUGCUAUAUUAUAAAAAAAAUAUAAAACAUUUUUCCGUAUUGAUAUAUAGUUAUAUCAACACUCGUGGAAGUUGGGAAAACUCGAAAUUGUAUGAAAACACUCCGCCCUUCGGGCGUCGUGUUUCCACACAAUUUCUCGUUUUCCCAAUUCCACUCGUGUUGAUAUAACUGUAUAUCAACACGGAAAAUGUUUUAUAUUUGUUAAAUAUAUAUAUAUAUAUAUAUAUAUAUAUAUAUAUAUAUAUAAUUCUAAUAUAAUACCCCUGUAGCCCAAACAGCUUAAAUAAAAACAUCUCAGUACAUGACAUGGUCCAUACAACCAUGCAGACCUCAUUCAAACAUAUGCCGGUCAAACCGACCUCUAUAGUGUAAAUACUAAUACCCCAGUAACUACAGGUCUCGAUGACCUAAUAAAGUAUUCAGUGGUCAACACAACCUGUCACUUGCUAGCCCAAACGACAUAUAGCAAAGUUUAUAGUUGGCACUAAAAUCAAUGCACUAUAGUCUACAGGUCCAAACGACCUCAGUAGAUUUUUCAAUGGUCCAAACGACCUUGUGGGUACUAUGGUUCACGCGACCCCUGUAGCCCAAACAGCUUAAAUAAUAAAAACAUCUCAGUACAUGACAUGGUCCAUACAACCAUGCAGACCUUAUUCAAACAUAUACCGGUCAAACCGACCUCUAGUGUAAAUACUAAUACCCCAGUAACUACAGGUCUCGAUGACCUGAUAAAGUAUUCAGUGGUCAACACGACCUGUCACUUGCUAGUCCAAAUGACAUAUAGCAAAGUCAACAGUCAUACAUAAGACAUACUAUACUGCAAAUCCUUUGAAAAUUGUAAAGAAUCGGUUUGUAAGAAGAAAAUAGUCAUCACAAACUUCAUAUUCUGGCUGGCUUAUUUUCUCUUCAGAUGGCACUUCAGCUUUGAACAUGUAACACAGAUUUGUUUAAUUAAUUAACAUCACUGAUUUGAGGAUACGACGUGCAUCUGCCAUAGAUAUGUUGACUUUUUGCUGUGAGAACAUCACGUCUCAACCUAUAUUAAUUUCAAUCAACUAACUGUUUUAAAUAAAUAAAAUUAGCGAAAUCUACCGCUUAUGUGGGCGAUUAUCAACAACAAUCUUCCUAACUGCUUCGUUAGAGCCCCACGUCGCGCUCGGUUGACCGCGCGUAAGAAGGGCUCUGGGUACGAGAAUGAACGACAUUUUGAAGUAACGUUUCGAAGUCACUGUUAAAAUCGAAUAAAUAAGAAUAACGACAUUAUUUAUAUUUGAAAGCACUACUUUCUUCUCCGUUUUAAAUAAACCUGCAUCUAUUUUCCGCGUCGAAAGGUAGAACUUUGAGUUUGUGAAAUUAUUCGGGAUUUGCAUAAAAGCAGUAUAAUUUCUAAGAACAUGCGUAAAUAAGUUAAUCCAGCGAUACUACUGGAUUAAUCAUGGCCAGAGAUACAUCUCAUCACGUACUUAAUUCGGCCCUGACACAACAUUUUCAAAAAUAACUAUUUCUCAUUUUCUAAUAUUAUUUUUUUUAGAUCCGGUUAGUUCCGAUUCAGAUGAUGAUUCAAAUUCUUGUUCAAGUGGUUAUAAUGGAGAUUGUGAUUCUGAAGGUGAACAUUAAAUUUGUAUUAUUUUCUAUCUUAGCCGAAUACACAGAAGAGUAAAUAUUUUGGAAUGAAUUUCUGAUGAAACUAUAGGUAACCUGCUGGGUGAUGUUGUAGAGUUUGUAGUUGCCUCUUUUGGCAAUUAUAAAUUCAUUGUUGCUCAAUAGUGUUAAUAAUUAUUGUCCCUGGUGCAUGCAUUAGCUGCUUUGUCGUAUUUUUAUGAACGUAUUUUAAUCACCUCGGUAGAAAAAAAGACAGCACUAUAGUAUGCAGUUAUUGAUCUGUUUUGUCUUCAAUUAAUUGUUUUGUUUUCAAUUAAGAAGUUGUUUUAUUUGUUCAUUUCACGUUUUCUUAGAAAGAAAACGAAGACAAUUGAUAAAGUUACACAAUACUUGAUACAAUUUAUUUACUUGGAGGUUUUUUAUUAAAAUAAAAUAUUUAGAUCUAAAUGAUGAGGAAGGUUCAUUGAAUGAUGUCAUAAUUCAAGAGGCAGAGUCACCCUCAG